AAGGGAGGCCGGCUGGGGACAGGAGAACCCAGAGGCGCGAGGGGCUGCGUGGAGAGCCCGGAAGACUGCGGCCAUGCCUCACAGCUCCGACAGCAGCGACUCCAGCUUCAGCCGCUCUCCGCCCCCCAGCAAACAGGACUCAUCUGAUGAUGUGAGAAAAGUUCAGAGAAGGGAGAAAAAUCGCAUUGCUGCCCAGAAGAGCCGGCAGAGGCAGACACAGAAAGCUGACACCCUCCAUCUGGAGAGUGAAGACCUGGAGAAACAGAACGCGGCGCUGCGGAAGGAGAUCAAACAGCUCACGGAGGAGCUGAAGUACUUCACAUCGGUGCUGAGCAGCCACGAGCCUCUGUGCUCGGUGCUGGCCCCCGGCGCGCCCUCGCCCCCCGAGGUGGUGUACAGCGCCCACGCCUUCCACCAGCCUCACGUCAGCUCCCCGCGCUUCCAGCCCUGAGCUCCCCGAGGGCGGGAGAGAGCGGAGCCCCCAGCCCCAGCUGCUCCCAGGCCUCGGGAGGGGCACGCAGACUGUGGCCAGCGGCGCUCGUCCCUCAGCGCCCUCUCCACCCGGAGACCCGGAGGCGGAGGCCUGGACCGGGAUGGAGCACAGGACGCAGCUGCUGGACGUGUGUGCGGCCUCCCGAAGUGUGGCCAACCGCCCGGCACCGUGGGCUGGACCUUCACGUGGGUGGGAGGCCGGAUCCAGAGCUACGUCAAGCAUA